UAUCAAGGACUCAGAGGGACUUCACCUCUCCCCUCGCCAUUCCCCCCUUCUUCACUCCCCCGUGUCACCCAGGCCUGCUCCUCUCUCCCCACUUCACUCCCCCGUGUCACCCAGGCCUGCUCCUCUCUCCCAACUUCACUCCCCCGUGUCACCCAGGCCUGCUCCUCUCUCCCCACUUCACUCCCCCGUGUCACCCAGGCCUGCUCCUCUCUCCCCACUUCACUCCCCCGUGUCCCCCAGGCCUGCUCCUCUCUCCCCACUUCACUCCCCGUGUCCCCCAGGCCUGCUCCUCUCUCCCCACUUCACUCCCCCGUGUCACCCAGGCCUGCUCCUCUCUCCCCACUUCACUCCCCCGUGUCCCCCAGGCCUGCUCCUCUCUCCCCACUUCACUCCCCCGUGUCACCCAGGCCUGCUCCUCUCUCCCUUCUUCACUCCCCCGUGUCACCCAGGCCUGCUCCUCUCUCCCCACUUCACUCCCCCGUGUCACCCAGGCCUGCUCCUCUCUCCCUUCUUCACUCCCCCGUGUCACCCAGGCCUGCUCCUCUCUCCCCACUUCACUCCCCCGUGUCCCCCAGGCCUGCUCCUCUCUCCCCACUUCACUCCCCCGUGUCACCCAGGCCUGCUCCUCUCUCCCCUGUCCACCACCCUCUCUUCUCCCAAACUCAGCUCCCCUUCCCCCAGCCCUUCUCCCCCCUCUCUCAACCCCAGGACCUAGUAGAGACAGACUUCCCUUCUGAUGUGGACACAUGUCAGCUACUGUCUCUCCUCUCCCAGCCCUCCCUACGAUAUGGCUACAAGGACUAUACCCAGGACCAGUCGUACCAGCAGACAGUGACCCACCCUGACCCAGAAACUCUGCAGGACUACCACAACCACGGCUCCCAAACUAACCUCAACCAUCAGCUGGCCCGGGGAAAGAAGCACCAGCUGGACCAGCAGACCUACACCAGCAACAGAAACCACAAGAGGCAGCUCAAGACUCAAAAGGACCAUCAGCCCCCCAACAGCUAUCAGGAUCCCAUACUGGACUCCCAGACCAUGUACAGCAACAAGCAGAACCAGCAGAACCAUCACAUGAAACAGCAGUCUCUGGACCUUCAGACUCAACUGGACCUACAGAACUGCAACCACCAUCAGAGCCAGCAGAUGGAGGUGAACCAUCCCCACCAUCAGUCUGUCCAGAGCCAGCUACAGAACCAGCUGGACCAUUACCACCAUCAGUCUGUCCAGAGCCAGCUACAGAACCAGCUGGACCAUCCCCACCAUCAGUCUGUCCAGAGCCAGCUACAGAACCAGCCGGACCAUCACCAUCAUCAGUCUGUCCAGAGCCAGCUACAGAACCAGCUGGACCAUCACCACUAUCAGUCUGUCCAGAACCAACUGGACCAUCACCAGCAUCAGUCUGUGCAGAGCCAGCUACAGAUCCAGGUGGACCAUCACCAUCAUCAGUCUGUCCAGAGCCAGCUACAGAACCAGCUGGACCAUCACCACCAUCAGUCUGUCCAGAGCCAGCUACAGAACCAGCUGGACCAUCACCACCAUCAGUCUGUCCAGAGCCAGCUACAGAACCAGCUAGACCAUCACCAGCAUCAGUCUGUCCAGAGCCAGCUAGACCAUCACCACCAUCAGUCUCUCCAGGACCAGCUACAGAACCAGCUGGACCAUCACCAGCACCAGUCUGUCCAGAGCCAGCUACAGAGCCAGAAGCACCAGGUCAGACUCCACAUCCUAGCCCAGCUCCAGAGACAAGAACAAGGACAGGGAGGGGGCUACUGCCCCCCACAGCCCCCCUCACAGAACCACAGUCACACCCAGCAGCACACACACAUCUCCUACACUCAAACACAGACCCACGCACAAAGCUCCUAUCUGUACACACAGGCCCACACAGACCAACAACAAAGCCCCUGUUUGUACACACAGCCAGCACAGAGCCCUCUAACCUCUGUGGAACCCUCCUCACCCUCCUCACCCUGGUACCCUGGUCCUCAGUCUUACUCCAAUCCUUACUUUUUCCCUCACUUCCACUCUCAUCCCAACUCUAACUUUAACUCUCACCCUCAAUCCAAUCCCAGCUCUAAUCCCCAUCUUCAAUCCUAUCCCAGCUCUAAUCCCCAUCUUCAAUCCAAGUACAGCCUCCUCCCCAACCCCAACCCUGCCUACAGCCACAACCCCAACCCCAGCCCCAGCCCCAACCCUAACCCUAACCCUAACCCCAACCCCAACCCUACCUACAGCCCCAACCCUAACCCUAAUCCUAACUACAGCUCCAAGCCUAACCCCAACCCCACCUACAGCCCCAACCCUAACCCUACCUAUAGCCCAAACCCUAUCCCCAACCCUAACCCCAACCCCAACCCUAACUCUAACCCCAACCCUACCUACACCCCCAACCCCAACCCUACCUACAGCCCCAACCAUAAUCCCGAACCUACCUACAUCCCAAACCUCAACCCUAACCCUACCUACAGCCCAAAUACUAACACCACUUACAACCCCAAUCCUAACCCUACCUACAGCUCCCACCCUAACCAUAGUCCCUACUCUUAUCCUCACCUCAGCCCUCAAUCCAGCCCCAUACCCCAUCCUAACCAGCCCAGCCCAAGCCCUUCCUAUAUUCCCUACCCUAACCCUAGCCCUAGAUGCAGCCCUCUCUACCUCUCUCCCCCUCUCCUCCUGCGUGGGGGGUGGGAGUCAGAGAGGGGGGUAAGUCCAGCCGUUCAGCAGAUGACCACAGAGAGGAGAGGACCACACGUGAACCACCUGAAUCAAUUGAAUCACUUGAACCAUUUGAAUCACUUGAACCAUUUGAAUCAAUUGAACCAUCUGAAGCCUCUCUACUCGCCCCCAGCACAGCAGACACAGAUGACAUUGACAGAACAUUUGGGAAACUAUGAGACACCAAACUGCAGGUUGAUGUGUUCUGUGUGUCAGAGGGACUUUAAGAGUCUUCCUGCUCUUAACGGACACAUGCGCUCUCACAGAGGACUCCGAGGACAGCCCGGCAGGCCACAAACAUACAGGACGCAGAAGGAAGGGGGGAUUCCAGGGUCUCCUGUCCCCAUAGUGAUGCCCGUCUCUGUGCCCGUCAGACUCCCUGCCUCCCAAUUUCCAUGCCUGGAAGAAGAGCACCAAGAGGGGGAGGAUGAGGGAAGGAGGGGAUGGAAAGAAAGGAAAAAAGAAAAGAGGAGGGAUCCCCAUCGCCACUCUGCUCUUGUCCUGCCCCGCCAGUCCACUAGGGGUGCUGUGGUGUUCCAGAGUGUUCUGCGUUCAAUUGUUCAACUGACCGAAUACACCCCUCCUCCCAUGCUGAGGCCAGACAGGGAUGGAACUGGGCUAUACUGCUCUCUAACCACAUGUGAUGGUGACAUGCUAAUGUCCGGGGAGCAUCCAAUGAAGAACAAACCGAGGAUCAACGUGGGGAUUGGAUUUCAGGCUGAUGUCCCACCUCUUCAGGACCAAAGAAACUCUCACUCAGACAUCCACAAAGCACUUGUGUUGUGGACGCCCUGGGAUGGCCUGGAGAACUCAUCCACCCAGCACAGAGUGGAGUGUCUGUUGAUGAUGUCAUGUUCCAGUGUGUGUCCGGGGGGCGGGACUAACUCUGAGUACGCCCUGCACAGCCUAUCCGAGAGCAGAGGAGACUUCCUGGGAACAGUGGAGAAGAUGCUCCUUCAGCACUGGCCAAUGACAGCCAACUCUCUCUCCUCCUACCACUACGCAGGGAGUGAUACAUGGAGUCCAGUGGAGAAGAGGUUGGUGAAGAAAGCCUUUAUGAUGUACCAGAAGGACUUCCACCGCAUUCAGAAAACGGUGGGGACUAAGUCAGUGUCUCAGUGUGUAGAGUAUUACUACACCUGGAAGAGGAGGCUGCGUCUAAAUGUAAGGACCCCGGUCGGGCUGGCCAGCACACUGCCUGAGGUCUAUCCAUCUCAGCCCAUCAUGAAUGGUAAGAUGGGGCUCCACACCAUUUCGACACAGAAUGCCUGCCAACCGAUCCACAGUGGCUCCUCCUGUCCCCGGCUCCAGGUUGGUUCUGCUUGCUGUAGCCCAGCCCUGGGAGAGGUAGAGAGGCCCAGCAAGGCUCACUUUUAUGGGCCGGUCUGUCUGAGGAUGUCCUCUCUAUUCAGCUCCAGUCCCAGACCGAGCAACUCUGCCCCCAGCGCCAAGCUCCACACACAGCCUACCCCUCCAUACCCCUGUAGGGCGUGUGCCAAGGUGUUCUCUAAAGUGAAGAGUCGUAAUGCUCACAUGAAGACACAUCGCCAUGAAGACACAUCACCAUGAAGACACAUCGCCAUGAAGACACAUCGCCAUGAAGACACAUCAGGAGGAGCUGCACUGACCCUAAACCCUAAACCCUAGACCAGCACUGACCCUAAACCCUAGACCAGCACUGACCCUAAACCCUUAACCCUAGACCAGCAUUGACCCUAAACCAGCACUGACCCUAAACCCUUAACCCUAGACCAGCACUGACCCUAAACCCUUAACCCUAGACCAGCAUUGACCCUAAACCAGCACUGACCCUAAACCCUACACCCUAGACCGGCACUGACCCUAAACCCUAGACCGGCACUGACCCUAAACCCUACACCCUAGACCGGCACUGAACCUAAACCCUAAAUCCUACACCAGCACUGACCCUAAACCCUAAACCCUAGACCAGCACUGACUCUAUACCCUAAACCCUAAACCAGCACUGACCCUAAACCCUAAACCAGCACUGACCCCUAUACCCUAAACCCUAAACCAGCACUGACCCCUAUACCCUAAACCCUAAACCAGCACUGACCCCUAUACCAGCACUGACCCUAAACCCUAAACCCUAAACCCUAGACCAGCACUGACCCCUAUACCCUAAACCCUAAACCAGCACUGACCCCUAUACCCUAAACCCUAAACUAGCACUGACCCCUAUACCAGCACUGACCCUAAACCCUAAACCAGCACUGACCCUAAACCCUAAACCCUAAACCCUAGACCAGCACUGACCCCUAUACCCUAAACCCUAAACCAGCACUGACCCCUAUACCAGCACUGACCCUAAACCCUAAACCCUAAACCAGCACUGACCCUAAACCCUAAACCCUAAACCCUAGACCACCACUGACCCCUAUACCCUAAACCCUAAACCAGCACUGACCCCUAUACCCUAAACCCUAAACCAACACUGACCCCUAUACCCUAAACCAGCACUGACCCUAAACCCUAAACCCUAGACCAGCACUGACCCUAAACCAUCAGGACAAGCCCUCUACUGCCCUCUACUGUCCAACUCAUCACCUAGAUCCCCAUACAGGGUCGGAUACCUUUUGAAUGACUGGGGCCAAAGUACUGGUUUCCCAAAACCAUCUUAAGACUAAGUUCACUGCUAGAACCUUCGUAGGAGCAUUGUUACAUCUCCAAAACCCAUCGUUAAUAACGUUGCACUUAACGAAAACGCUCGUAAUCUAAACGGAACAUCGUCAUUAUGUUCUGUUGCCCUCCCCUGAGCCACUUCAUAUGUGUACUCGCUCCGGAAUAGGAAAAAUAUUAUUUUGUAUUUUCUCCAGUUAAGUUCAAUUAUAUUCCUAUUACUAAAAUAUCAUACGAUAUAAAAAUAAAGCACAUCUUGUCUGCGAAAUGAACAAGCCCUUACGGCCCGUAGAAUGGCUCAUAGCCAGGUAACAUGCAGUAGGCCAACUCAUACCGUUUUUCUGAAAUACAUUUUCUUCAUAAUCUUUCUUUUGAGCUGCCUAAAUUAAAUAAUGGAUUGAUUGUGAUGUUGUAGGCUAUAUUACUUUGAUUUAUUUAGAUUUUUUUUAAAUUUAUUUUAAAUUUAGAUGUUCCAAAGGUCACCAAAGGUCACCAAAGGUCACCAAAGGUCACCAUCAGUGGCUUGUAUGUGUGGAGGCCUGGAGCUAAACGUGUUUAUGUUAAUGUUUAUGUUAAUUAACGGUGAGGCCCGGCAGACUUUUGCAUGACAAUAACCGGCUAACAAAAUGUCAUGACCGCCACAGCUCUAGGAAAGAUGCAUCGUUAAAAACAUUUGUAAGCCUUAAGUUCCAUUAUUGCUAUUGGGAAACUGUACCCAGGUCAAUGUGAGCCUAUCGUUUCCUAUCAGUUUAUAUCGGAUUAUAUCUGUUUUAUAUAGGAGGCACAGCAGAGUUUGAGGAUUAUAUGGCUGCGUUUACACAGGCAGCCCAGUUCUGAUCCCCCCUCUAAUUAUUGGCAUGAGAGCUGAUCUGAUUGGUCAAAAUACCAAUUAGUGGAAUAAGAUCAGGCUCAUUAAUGUUCCAUGUGGUAUUGUCCAUUAUCAUCCCUAGCGUCGGUUCUAAGUAACAAUGCCAACAUUUGUUGUAUGACAUGAAAAUAGAGCUCUUGAAGGAAAGGGAAAGGUGGGAGACCUAAUAAGUUGUACAACUGUAUGCAUUAUGCAUUCAACCGAAAUGUGUCUUCCUCAUUUAACCCUCUCUGAAUCAGAGAGGUGCGGGAGGG